CAUUCUCCAGUUUGGAAGCAUCCUAUAAAUAGCUUACAAACCUCUCCCUGUAUCACACAUGCUGGCAUACAAGAGCAUCAGAGCAUUUUGGCACGAUGAAGAGGCUGACGUUUGGACAAGAUGAGCCGGAGCUGGGCACCAUCGGCGUGGCUCAAGAGGUCAUGCUGCUGCUCGCGCGCAGCGGCAGCGGGCAGGAGGAGCCAUCGGCCUCCCCGCGCGUGUUCGAGUGCAAGACGUGCGGUCGCCGGUUCCCGUCGUUCCAGGCGCUGGGCGGGCACCGCGCGAGCCACAGGCGCCCGCGCCCGCGCCCGCAGGGGGCGGCCGCGGUGGGGACGGGGGAGCCUGCGAAGGCAGGCGUGCACGGGUGCGCGGUGUGCGGCGUCGAGUUCACGCUCGGGCAGGCGCUCGGGGGCCACAUGAGGCGCCACCGCGCCGUGGGGGACGAGAGCGCCAGCGCCAGCGCCAGCGCCCGCGGGCUUGCCGAGGCCGUGGCCGAGCCGAAGCCCGACGAAGCAAGAGGCCUGCUGGGCUUGGACCUAAACAUUGCCCCUUCUUGACCGAGAGCGUUUGGGAUUUCGUGUUUCUUUCGCUUUUGACCUGGGUUUGUAAUUGGCAGUUCUUUUGACACAACACGAUUGAUCGGUGUACAGUAUUGUACAAAGUUUUCUCCAGGAUGCUGUAUGUAACUAUUGUUGUAAAAAAGAAAGUACCUUAUGAGAGAAA